CUAGUUAUUGUUCUAAAAUGCACAGGAAGUUAAAGAAAAUAGCAAUACUUUUAUUAAUUAUCACUACAAAUUUUUGGAUUUAUACGAGUUUACAAAUAAAAAGAGUGACAAAAAGAAGAAUACUUUACAAUCCAAUGGAAUGUCGGUUUAUAAAAGAUUACAUAAUAUCGCCUUCCGAAAGGUUUUGUCAAAAAAGCCCAUUUAUAAUCAUAAUAGUGACGUCGUAUGUCGGUGAUUUUGAGCUUCGAAAUGUUUUCCGCAGAGUUAUGCCACGAGAAAAGCUGGAGUCAAUGCAUGCCGCAAGAAUUUUUUUAUUAGCGGAAAUUCCACCUAAUGAAAAGAAUAUUACCCAAAGUCUAAUAGAAGAGGAAAACAAAAAAUUCCACGAUAUUCUGCAAGGCGCAUUUACAGAAAGCUAUCGCAACUUGACAAUUAAACAUUUAAUGGGGUUACAAUGGGUCACAACGAAAUGCCCUAAUGCGUCCUACAUACUCAAAGUUGAUGAUGACACUGUAUUUCGUUUCGAAAGAAUAUUAAGUAUUUUAUUAAGAAAUAUAGACGAUGAAGAUUUUCUUAUGGGCUACAUGUUGAACAAUACAGAACCUAAACGAGAUAAUACGAAUAAAUGGUAUGUGUCUUUAGAAGAAUAUCCAAAUAAGGAAUAUCCGACAUGUGUCAGGCUGGUAUUACGUAACUACCCCUACAGUAGCAGCAAAACUAAUAAAUGAAGCCAUGUACCAUCCAUACUUUUGGGUUGACGACGUUCUUGUUACAGGCAUUUUGAUUGGCGCUCUGAACAUCAGAAUUAUUCAAAUACCCGAUGAAUUCUGGUUUGAGUAUAUGCUAAACAUUAUAAUUCA